GACCUCAACACUGAACAAUAUUCGCCGAUGACAUAAUAAGACGAAGACCUUGGCUGUCCCCCAUGUGGAAGUGUUUUAAAAAGACGUGGAGUGUCAGUGAGAUGAACAGUGCAGUCUGGAUCGUGCGUCGUCAGCCCAAGAUGCGACAGAUGAUGGUUCUUCUUCUGGCAGCGCUGUGCGCCGUCGUGUUGCCUUCUAGGGCGUCUGCUGAGGCCCCACCUGCAGCGUGUAGGAACAGCUCUGAAUGUGGGCCGAACAGAUGCUGUUUGCUGGGAAGAUACAGCGGUUCCGAACCAUCAUGUCAAACAGCGCCACAGGAAAACGGCAUUUGUCGGCCACAUCAGGAAGCUUCCAAUUCCACUGUAUAUGGAUCUGAUGGGAAGCUGAAGUACACUGUAACCAACGUGUACCUUGAUGUCUGUCCGUGUGGAGAGGGUCUCUUUUGCGACCCUAACAGCGGUGGCGUCUGCAAACAGAGUACAUAAUCCGGCCGUCUCUUGAUAACGCUUUCAACGUCAAGACGGCAUUCGCCUGCUCAUUCACAGAUGGCGCGAAAGCUUUUAAACUGACUCGCGAGCUAGGUCUAAAAUGGAAGUAAAACUUUUCCUUUCCGUACACAAGCAACUGAGAAAUAUGUAUUGUUUAAAUCUGGCUAAUACCUGUCAUAAAAUGUGCAAGUUUAAUAAAGAACUGCGAUAAAGACCUGUAUAAGGAACUAUA